AUGUCCGAUGCAGCUCAGACUCAGACCAACAUCACCAAUGGAAUGCGACUGUCGGACAAAUUGUUGUUCUCCUUCUUGACUACACUGCCGUCCUGCAUAUUCUUCUUCAUCAACGGCACCUUGCUGGUGACUCUGAGGAGUAAGCCGAUGUUUUGUGGAAACUGCCGCUACGUCCUCCUGUGCAACCUCCUCAUCGGAGACAUUCUGUUUCUGGCGCUGAGUCAGUUGUUAUACCUGCUGUCUAUCUCCAGGAUAACGAUGCUGUAUCCUGUGUGUGCUCUGCUCAUCAUGCUCAGCACCCUCACCGACAGCAUCUCACCCCUCACGCUGGUGGUGAUGUCCAUGGAGAGAUACAUAGCCGUGUGUCAUCCACUGCGACACGCCGCCAUUGUCACCAUCAGAAACACAAGUGUGGUUAUCUUGUUGAUUUGGACUUUUUGCUUUCUGAAUGUUCUCAUUCAGACUCUUCUGCUGUUAACGUUUAUUUUAGAAGCGCUGCAGAGGAAAGAACUGUGUCUUGCAGCUUUACAGUAUCCUACACCUACAUCUCGUGAAUAUAGCAAAGCCUACACCUGUGUUCUGUUUGUAUCAACUGCCGUGGUGAUCAUUUCCACCUAUACUGGUGUUGCAGCAGCAGCCAGGUCCGCUUCUGCAGACAAAGCUUCGGCCCAAAAGGCUCGAAACACGCUGCUGCUGCAUCUGGUGCAGCUGGGCCUCAGCCUCUCCUCCACCACACACAGCUUCCUGGUUCUAUCCGUGUCAAAGCUCGUCACAAGGAUGGUGUUUGUACGCAUCCAGAAUGUGCUUUAUGUGUUUCUUUUCGUUCUUCCCAGAUGCCUGAGCGCUCUUAUCUAUGGAAUCCGAGACCAGAGCAUCAGAUCCAUCCUUGUGUACAAACUGUGCUUUAAGAAACAGCAGAUUCAUUUUUGA